UUAAGCCGGCAUUUUAAAUUAAAAUAUUGGCUUCCUUCUUGUUUUGUGAGUUUGCUCGUGCUGAAGAAUUUUGGGUUGGUUUGGACCUGUGGUUUGGACUUUUUCCCUUGCUUUUUUAACAAUUAUUCUUGGUGAUUCUUUUUGUGCGAUUUUUUAAUAUUCUAAUAUCGAGCCCAAAAUGAGUAAAAGAAGUAGCCCUGUCCCACCACCAGCGGAACCUGUUGUUCCAGCUCCCGAGGAAUAUGUCGUAGAGAAAAUCAUUGAUAGUAGAAUUAACGACCAUGGGAUAAAAGAAUACUAUUUAAAAUGGAUUGGCUAUGAUGAUAAAGAUAAUACAUGGGAACCCGAGGAAAACUUGGAUUGCCCUGGAUUAAUUGCGGCUUACGAAGCUGAAAAGGCGAAAAAGCCAAAGGAGCCUGAAGCAAAAAGGAAACAAAGUUCAGAAAGUGAAACAAAGGUUACUAAACGAAGAAAAACUGAUGAGAAAAAGAGUUUGGGUUUUGAUAGGGGUUUGGAACCCGAUACAAUUAUUGGAGCCACAGAUAGUCCAGGCCAACUAAUGUUUUUAAUGAAGUGGCACGGUACAGAUGAGGCUGAUCUUGUCCCAGCAAAACAGGCCAAUAUUAAAUGUCCACAAGUUGUCAUCAAGUUUUAUGAAGGACGACUCAAAUGGCACCCACCCCCGCAAAACAGAAUUGAAAAUAAAGAAAAUAAAAUGACUUCCAAAAAAACUUCGUCAAGUCCAGAUUCUGAGGAACCUACAGAAGAAUAUGUUGUUGAGAAAAUAAUCGAUUGUCGAAUUAAAAACGGAGUAAAAGAAUAUUUAUUAAAGUGGAUAGGUUAUGACGACAAAGAUAAUACUUGGGAACCCGAAAGCAAUUUAGAUUGUCCUAGUUUAAUAAAAGCUUUUGAAACCGAUAGAGCAACUAAAGAAGCUGAAAGAAACAAGAAACGAAAGAGUACUAGCACUCCCACGCCUGAAUCAAAACCAGUAAAAAAGGGAAAAGUAGAAGAAAAGAAGUUACACGGUUUCGAUAGGGGUUUGGAACCAGAAAAAAUAAUUGGUGCUACAGAUAGUUCUGGUCCUUUAAUGUUUCUAAUGAAAUGGGUUGGCACUGACGAGGCAGAUCUAGUACCUGCUAAACAAGCUAACGUAAAAUGUCCUCAGGUUGUGAUCAAAUUCUAUGAAGAACGACUGUCAUGGACUUCACCUAAUAUAGGGUCUGAAGAGAAGAAUUGAUAAGAUUUUUAAAUAUUCACGUUCGCUCAAAUGAUAGUUUUAAUCUGUUUAAUGUGUAAAAUAUAGUGCUGGCUGAUAUUUUUUAAGUCAACAAAUUUUAUUCUUUUUUUGUAUGUCAGUCAUUUUAUUCUAAAUAAAAUUUGUUAUUGUAAAACUGGUAUGAUACCAUUUAAUUGUGUCAUGUAUGUAACUUUUUAUAAUUUUAUGAAUUUUCUAAGUAGAUAUACUGUAGGAACCUGACUGACUUCUUUUUAUUAUUAACGGUUUAAUAAAAAGCCAAGUUCUUACUUAAAUAUGUUUUUUUAUUUUGCAACUAAAAUUAGAAAGUACAAUCAUCAUAACCCUACAAAGUACUCUAAAAUGUAAAUGCACUAUUUAGACGUUAACAGGUUUCCCAGUUUUUCACAAAACAAAAAUUGACUUAUUACAAUAAUAAAAAAGCUUUUUUGUUAACCCUUUUUAAUGCCCUGCAUGAAAAUACAAUUUUCCAACUACCUCAAAAAAAUAUACCAUUUGAUAGUCAGCGUCAAAAAGUUACAGAUUACAGUUAUGCCUGAUUUACAGUUGCAAAAAAAUGUUUAACUUGAGUACAGGUAUGAUGAAGAAACCAGAAAAAAACUAGAUCGUCAGAGUUAGUUUGGAAAUCUCAUUUUAUGUAUAAAAUUAUGAGUGCCAUCAACUGUCAUUUCCAAGGCAAUUUGACGCGAAGUUUUGCAAUAUAAAUCCGGCUUUAAAAGUUUGGAAAUAAAUUUAAAUAUUUUUAUAUAUCACAACUGUGCAGUUUUAUUAAUACUUAAUUUUACAUUAAAUUUUUCGUCUCAAUAAAAUGCGCCUUUAAUAUAACUGCACAUACUCGUGAUUAUGAUGUUUUAAGGUAAUUUUAUAUAUUUUAUUAAGCGACAACAGUGCUGAGGGUCUUGAAAUAAAAUACGAAACAAACAAUUCUAAAGAAGCUUUUUUACCAACUUACGGCUGUUGAAGGAACUGUUACUUACGUGAACUCUUAAAAAUAAUAUAAAAUACACCACAUUGUAUAUCACCUCCUUGUUAUAGCCACUCUAGCUUUAAAACUAGAAAAAAUAUACAAAUAGUGAGAAAUUCAUAAUUCACCUUUUUCUUAUAAAAUUCUGAACAUGUACAAGAAAACAAGUACCUUCAAUAUUUUGUUAGUACCUAUUUACACUGAUAUUUUAGGGGUUGCAUAAUGAAAAAUAGUUGUAUUUUUUUUAUUUAAACACAUUAAAAGAGUUAUUAUAACUUUUUUAAUUGUCUUUUUUACAUUACUAAUUUAUUGAUUAAAAGAAAUAAAUAAACGUGAACAUUUUUUAUUACAAGAAAAAUCUUCAAACAGCAUAAAAUUAGACAGAACUUCUAUAUCAUCCGACUAGUAAAUAUACAACUACCGCCUGAUUAUAAAGAAAUAAAAUUAAGUUCAAUACGAAAUCGUGUUUUAAUUUCAAAUGUUCUAAUUUUAUGUCAGUAAAACAAAAAUCUGACACGAGAUAUCAGUUGAAAUCAAAACGUGACUUUGUAGCUCACGAAAAAUAUUUCUUUAUGAUCAAACAGUACGCUUUAUUAAUGAUAAAACAAAAAACGAAUAUUAAGGAGUUAUUUGCACUUGAUUUACAUGCUCUAAUAUUACUUUCUCAUUAAAAAGUAUUAUAAAAACUCGCUGAAUCACACAAUUCCAGUACAUAUUUUGCAGAGGGCGUCUCCUUAACCCAGCAAUGUUACAAUAUUAUUAAUGUCAUUCAAAAUCUCUUUUUUACCAACCAGUCUUAUUUUAACAUUAAUUUAAUAAUCCACUGUCUUUUACUAAUUUACGGAUAAAGGCACAUCAUUCUCAAAAAAAACAAUGCAUUUUUUUCCAGAAAAGACAGCGGACCGCAACCAGUCAAUUUUUCCUACCGUCUAACCGCAAACUCCUCAAAAGUUUUCCAAAAAAUCAGUAUCAAAUACAAGUCUACAAAAAUCUUCUAAAUAGUAUACAUAAUUGCAGCCAAUAAUUCAUUCAAGAGAAGGUUAGGUAAUAAAACUAUAGAGAACUAAAUAUUAAGAAAAGUGACAACACAAUUCUAAAUCUGGGAAGUAUGAAACAUGAAACUUCUUUUUAGGUAUUAUUAUGUCUCAACAGUAUAUGGUCUAUACCAUGGUUAAUUUUAAAAUGCAAAUACCUAGAAAAAGUCUAGCACUUCAGUAAAAAAAGAUCAAAAGAUUGUUGUUUUACAACCAACCUUCUCCAUUAACAAUUUAACACUAUUGCAACAUUCUUUCAAUUUUCUUCGAUGAAUGGAUCCCUCAAGCAAACGAUUUUCGUGCACAUCGAACUUUAAUGCCGCCUCCAUUAGUUUUAAUAACACAUCUCAUAAAAAAAGAUCAACUAAAACUACUAAAGGUAUAUAGGCUUAAUUAGCUCAAAUUAUGACAUAUAAUGAAUCAAGAGCGUUUCGCAUUUUGAUAUUUGACACUGUGUAUGGUAACACAAAGAAUGAAAGUAACAACACACACUGAUUGAAGACAGGUGGGUUAUGUAGUGUACUCAAUAUACGACUUUGAUUUUUAUGAGUUGAUAUUUUGUGUUUAACCGGAACAGUUAUGGUGGAUUCAUACUUGUAUCAAUCCUAACCUUACCCUUAACAUUAACCCUAUAAAGAGUUAGGGCGGAUUUACCCAAUUCCUUAAUUGCUAUUCCUUAAUUCUUAUUUCUUAGUCUCUAAUUUGUAAUUCUUAAUACACAAUUCUUUAUCCCUUAUUUUUUUAGAGACAGUUAUCCAAUGUCUUAAUCCAUAUUUCUUAAUUCUUAAAACUGACACUAGUAGAUCAAAUCAAAUCGUUUUUAUUUCGUUGUGCUAUUGUGUGCAAUGAAGUCCAUACAAAAAAUUGUAGCACUUUCGGGUUUGUUUAUAACCAUGGCUUGUUGUGUCGCUACUCUCGUGGAUCGCCACCGAGGUUGUAGGCGAUUUGGGGUUCGCCCC